GCAGCUAGUGAAACAUUGGACCAAUGCCUUAGAAAACAUUUUUUCUUCGACUCCUUCAGAUAAUAUGAAUGUUUUCCAUUGAUUUCAAUGGACGCUGUUCACUAGAAAAACCGCAAAACACCGAUGUUAGCGUCAGACAGCUUAUUAUUUGCAGCGGCCACAUUUUCCGUUUUUGGCCGAGCUAGCUAACUAGCUAGCAUAGCUGCUGUUAACUCAAUAUAGCCUGUUAGCAACGCCUAUGAUGGCACAGCCGGGGAGCGACGCGAUAAAGGAAGCCUAGACUCUGCAUGGCGACGGACUGGAAGUAGUGGGAGUGAGCAGCCAAUCGUCCAAGGCCUCCGGUAGCAGCAUGGCGUCCCGUCAGAGGAACUCUGUCCGGAUCCUGUCCAGCCGGGAGCGGGGCUCCCAGACCUUCGGCUCGCAGAGGCUCCUGCAGCUGCUGGUGGAGGAGAAAGUCCGCUGGAUGAAAUGGCAGAGUCAGAAAGUGGAGCUGCCGGACAGCCCUCGGUCAACCUUCCUGCUGGCAUUCAGCCCCGACAGGACCCUUAUGGCUUCCACACACGUCAACCACAACAUUUAUAUAACGGAGGUGAAGACUGGAAAGUGCCUACAUUCCCUAGUGGGCCACCGUCGAACCCCCUGGUGUGUGACCUUUCACCCCACCAUCCCCGGUCUCGUGGCCUCAGGGUGCCUUGAUGGCGAAGUCCGCAUUUGGGACCUGCAUGGCGGAAGCGAGAGCUGGUUCACAGAGAGCAAUGUUGCCAUUGCAUCGCUGGCCUUCCACCCCACCGCUCAGCUCCUCCUGAUCGCCACCAACAACGAGCUCCACUUCUGGGACUGGAGCCGACCGGAGCCCUUCGCCGUGGUCAAGACGGGCAGUGACACAGAGCGAGUCCGGUUGGUGAGGUUUGACCCUCUCGGUCACAACCUACUGACAGCGAUCGUGAAUCCAUCCAAUCAGCAGAAUGAGGAGGACUCCGAGGUUCCUAUGGACAGUGUUGAAAUGCCUCAUUUCCGGCAGCGCUCCUUCCUGCCUUCCCAACCGGUUCGUCGCACACCCAUCCUCCACAAUUUCCUCCACAUCUUGUCGUCUCGCUCCCCGGGGGCUCAGGCGGGAGGUGAGCAGCCACGCCCUCUCGGUGAAAAUGGAAGCAAUAUAGGAGAAUCUCCCAGCAUACCUCUGGCUCAGUACCCCAGCUCUGAACGUGGGCCUCCGUUCCCGGGCUGCACCCAGCACCUGGGCAUGGUUUGUCUGUGUAGUCGUUGCUCCGUCAGUCGCAACCCUUCCCUGGCUGCCAGUGCGACCCCCUCUGACCCCAGGAUGUCAUCUGACACUCCCCAGCCUCCCCCAGCUUCCACUUUCUCUUCGGCCCGUACAGAACCCAGACAGCCCUCAGAACGACCCUCUGCCUUCACCUCGGUCUACUACAGUGCCAGCACUUCUCUCAAUCCCACUGCGCCGAGCGGCAUCGAGCCGCACUCCACCUCCAGGCCAGGACCUGACUGGACACGCAACUUGCUAAGUAUGAGGGAGGGUGGGGUUGGUCCGGGUAUGCUGCCCCCUAGAACCUCCUCCUCCUCCAUCAGCCUGCUUUCAGUGCUCCGUCAGCAGGAUGGCUCCUCUCAGUCCCCUGUCUACACCUCUGCCUCUGAAGGGCGGGGUUUCCCCCAACAAGGAGAGCCGGGGGCCCGAGAUGGUGCCGGUACAAGCAGCGGCCACCAUCCGUUCUGGGACGGCUCUCGCAGCAACACAGCCUCCUUCCGCAAUGUACUGCAGUGCAAUCUGAGCCGCUACUUCAUGGAGUUUGACCGCAUGCAGGACCUGGAGCCACCAUUAGGUGGCGGCAUUACAGAUGGAAGUCAGGAGCAGAGCCAAGAGUUGCUGAAUAACAACAUGGACCCAGAGAGACCUGGGCCUUCUUCAUCUUCCAACACCUCCUCCCCUACUAUCAUCCACUACCAGCCUCCUCUCCCCCCUCCUCCUUCCUCCCACAGCCUGGAGAACAAUGUCCCUCCCCCAGCCUCCCGAGGCCACCUGAACCGCUGCCGGGCCUGCCACAACCUGCUGACCUUCAACCAUGACUCUCAGCGCUGGGAGCGCACCAACCAGGCCUCCUCCACCUCUGCCUCUGCUCUAGAGCCCUCCUCCUCUUCCUCCUCAUUCCCUUCUUCUUCCUCCCCUUGGCAGCCUGAGGAAGGCAGGAGAACACUAGAAGCCCAGUCCCAAGAGAGGAGGGUGCCUCCAGAGCCCAUCGAGCAGCCGCCUCCCCCUGGAGGCGGAGGAGCAGGAACGCUGGCCUUCCCGAUAGCCCCGACCCCCAGCCAGCCUGGAGAGCAGACAGUAGGCUUGGUGUACAACCAGGACACAGCACAGUGGGAGAGGGUGUACCGGCAGGCUGCUGCUGGCAGAUCGGCAGAGCCACCGGAAGCCUUAAGCCAAGAAAUGCCUGUUGACCCCCCAGAUGAGGACUCCCUGAGGAGGCGCCUGUUGGAAUCAUCUCUGUUAUCAUUGUCUCGCUAUGACAUGUCAGGAUCAAGAGACCACCCCAUUUACCCCGAUCCAGCCAGGCUUUCUCCAGCUGCUUACUACGCCCAGAGAAUGAUCCAGUAUCUCUCGAGGCGGGACAGCAUCCGUCAGCGUUCGCUCCGCUACCAGCAGAACCGCCUACGGGCCAUGUCGUCUUCAUCCGACAGCCCCGCCAGCAACCCGUCCAACUCCAUGGACAACAGCGAUGUGGACUUUGAGGAACUGGAUGACAAUGGAGACAGAGCGAGGCACAGGACGCCACGUAAUGCCAGGAUGUCUGCGCCCUCACUGGGUCGCUUUGUCCCACGGCGUUUCCUCCUCCCUGAGUACCUUCCCUACGCUGGGAUUUUCCAUGAAAGGGGGCAGCCUGGCCUGGCCACGCACUCCUCUGUCAACAGAGUGCUCGCCGGAGCGUCGAUAGGGGACGGUCAGUCUGCAGUCGCCAGCAACAUCGCCAACACCACCUACCGCCUGCAGUGGUGGGACUUCACCAAAUUUGACCUGCCUGAGAUCAGCAACGCGUCCGUCAACGUUCUGGUGCCAAACUGUAAAAUCUACAACGAUGCGAGCUGUGACAUCUCUGCAGACGGUCAGCUGCUGGCGGUCUUCAUUCCCAGCAGUCAGCGGGGUUUCCCAGACGAGGGCAUCCUGGCCAUCUACUCUCUAGCUCCCCACAACCUCGGAGAGAUGCUCUACACCAAGAGAUUCGGUCCCAAUGCUAUCUCUGUUAGCUUGUCUCCCAUGGGCUGCUACGUGAUGGUCGGCCUGGCCUCUCGCAGGAUCCUGCUGCAUCCCACCACCGACCACAUGGUGGCGCAAGUCUUCCGCCUGCAGCAGCCUCACGGAGGAGAGACUUCCAUCAGGAUGGUGUUCAACGUGGUUUACCCCAUGGCUCCGGACCAGAGGCGUCACGUCAGUAUCAACUCUGCUCGCUGGCUGCCGGAUCCAGGGAUGGGUCUGGCUUAUGGAACCAACAAGGGAGACCUGGUCAUCUGCCGGCCCGUGUUCUACCGAAGCGAUGGCGAGAGCCCUGCAGAGUCGAGCAGUGAACCUUUAUUCUCUGUCAACAACAGUGGAACCAGCCGGACUCGAGGUUCUGACAGACCCGGGCCGAAUCGCUCUGGCUGGAGGCUGGACAGAGACAUGGGUUUGAUGAACGCGAUUGGUCUUCAACCCCGACACCCCGUCCCUUCAGUGACAUCACAAGGGACCCAGACGCCGAUCAUCCAGCUGCAGAACGCCGAGACGCAAACGGAGCGGGACCUAUCAGAGCCCAGCGUCUCCCAGCCAGCACUCAACGUUCCUCCUGAGACUCCAUCCACGAGCGGAGGAGCUCCGGGGCAGCCGGAGGCGUCCCAGACGGGCGGAGCUCCGGACGGCAGCCAGGCCGAGGCUGCAGCGGAGGCGAACACAUCCGCAGCUAGUACUGGGGAGUCUCCAGAGUUCGGCUCGGGGGAAGACGCUCUGGCUCGAAUACGCCGGCUGAUCGCUGAAGGCGGCAUGACGGCCGUGGUCCAGCGGGAGCAAAGCACCACCAUGGCCUCCAUGGGCGGCUUCGGAAACAACAUCAUCGUCAGUCACCGCAUCCACCGCGGCUCCCAGACGGGCACGGGGGCCUCCAGGCCUGCGGCCGACCCCACCAUGACGGCCCCCUCCACCUCAGGUCCUCUGCUCAUCACCCAGACCCAAACCUACGCCCCUCCCCAGGCUUCCAACCCGUCUGAACAGCUGGCCCCCAUGUGGGGCCCCCAGAUACUGUCGGGCCCCCGGCACUCCGGCCUCUCUCUGGCUGUGGACAUGGACGACGUGUUUGACGGGGGGCGAACAGAUGACGACUCCCUGCCGGGUCCCUCCUCAUCCUCCCUCCUGUUGUCUUCCCCCUCUUCCUCCUCCUCCUCCUCCUCUCAUAGCCCCCUCCCCGGCAGCGGGGUCGGCCCCCCCAACAGUUACCCGGGCGACCCGUACAGCAGGUAGUUCCCCCGUCGGCCGAGAGAAGCAGAGCGCUGGCCGAUGGGUUUAGCAGAGGGUGCUCCUCAAAGCCUUAUCUCACAAAGAAAUGGGUGCUGCUUUGACUCUGCACAGGGUCUCCCGCCUGGAAAAGAAGGGACACAAAACCCCCCCGUCACCCCCCCUCAGCCCCGAACCGUCAGAGGCGUCGGCCGCACUUCCUCUGCACUUACAAACUGAACCGAAGCUGAACCGCAUCAUUCCUCGUCAGAACGGGCUCCUACUUGAACGGAGGCCAGUUAGCGCUGAGCUCCUCUCCGCCCGUUUCUCUUUCAGCGUCAGCGCGACGGAGGACGAGGUUCCUGUCAAAGUGCCGUGUCCGAGGGGGGUGUGGGACGAGGUAUCUCACACACAUUUACUCCAACGUGCUGCAUUCGGUGCCAUGUGAUGUUGAAAUUUGAUGUGAAAUAGUGUGUGAUUGAAGUGUUUAAAAGUGAAUUCAGCACUACUUUAUUUUGAAGCCUGUUUUUGUACCGUGUGUAAUUAUGAUGUUGGCUGGACUCUGUAUGACGGCCUGCAGUUAAUGGAGGAAGUUACCGUGUCCCACCGCGAGGAAAAUCCACCGCCGACGACUGAACGGACACCUGAGACUGAAUGGACUCAAUCUGCUGCAUGUCUUUCAGUAAUGCUGCAGUUCAUCAAACAAACACGUUGAUUUUUAAAAACAAAGGCUGAAGAGGAGAAGAAUUAUUUCCUUUUUAGUUGGGGGGGGGGGACCAUCAUGCCCUGCUCCAAACCCCCACCCCUCUAAAAACCCACCCAACCCUGUUGCACUAUAGUGUGUGUGUGUGUGUGUGUGUGUGUGUGUGUGAGAGACCACGUUCAUCAUCUGUUAGCGAGUUCCUCCUCCUGUUCAAUCAUGGCUGCUACUGACUAACAUUAUCUCUUAAUCUUGUCUUUAUUGUCUCGACACUUUGUUUCGCUCCCAGUGCCGAUGACGAUUUCAGAAAUGUGUAGUUUUUACGUUGUGGUCUUCACAGACGAGUCAGCAAACCUCACAAUGUUCACACGGAAGAAGACGAAGCGUCUCUGUUGGCUGUUUUUAUUUAUUGAUCUGAUUGAUCAUUUCCCGGCUGUGACAGUCGGACUCUUGAUCAGACGCAGCAGAAACUGGCGAAACCUGGCGCCUACAUUACCCACAGUGCAACUCGCCACCCCACUAAUUGAAGUUAAACUACUUUGAGCACAUAAAACAAACCGAUGAUAAUUCAGUCAUCAGCUGAGGUUCAGUUUUUUUCUCCGCCGUUGACAAAACAGUCUCACCUGAACGUCCAUUUAGAAGCUGUUCCGGAGCUUUCGCUCAUAUCACAUGACCUUUAAAGAUAAAAUAUCUCCAAGUGUUAACAGGAAAAAAAAGAAACGUCAACAUCUGACAACUGAUGACUCCAAUGACUGAUGAAGAUCAUUCAGUAUGACUAAAAGCUCCUUAACAGCUACUAAACGGACCUUCAGGAGAGGCUUCAGAAACACGGCGGCGCACUCGGUCAUUUCCUGUGUCUGUCACGUGGGCGUUGCCACUUCCUGACUCCUGAGUCUGUUCGCUGAGGUGAAGGUCAAGCCUCACAUCACCUGAACAUUCUGAUGUUAAACUGAGUCUUUCAGGUGGGAGGAGGUGACCACGCCCAGUCAGGAGACAGGAAGUGUGUCGAUACCACCGUCAUGCGCCAUCUUCUGAAACACGAUUUUAAAAGCGACAGUAAAUUAAAUGUAAGCAGACAGCUGAUGUCGUCACCCUGCAGUCAGAGAAAUGAUGUUGACCGUGUUUUAUAGUCCAGACAGUUAAUCAAGAAGAUGAUUGGCAGAUUAAUUAAUGAUGACAACAAUGGUUAGUUAGUCAGUCCUGAACUACGGUCAUCAAUAUUUAAAUAACCAUUUUAAAAUGGUUGUUGAUGUGUUUUUACUACAAGAAAACGUUUCUGAAUCUGUUCCUGCAGUUCCAGGUGGCCACAUCAAGUCGGAUGUUUUACUUUUCAUGGUGCUUUCACCACUUUCAUGAAUGAUGUUCACUGAUCACAUGACUGAAGCGCGUUUUCAAGAGUCUCCUGAUGGAGUUUUAUAUCAGCAGUGGCUGCCUGGAACUGAACAGCCUGAAGGAUGAGGGAGACAUUAAUAGGUUUUCUCACUGUCGGAAAAGCUCAGAUUGAAACCGACAACACUUAAGUCGACCUCUCAGCACUUUCUGACUUCCUGUCUGUGGCUCUCAGCUGAUUGGUUCCUGCUGAAGACAUAAAUCUGUGUUUAAAGAAAUGUGUGUUUUGAUGGUGGAGGAACAGCAGUGAGGCUCACUGAUGAGUUGGAGCUGAAUCGAAGAAGAUAAAUCAGAACAGUUAGCAGUUAGCUGUUAGCAUUCACUGAGUCUGAACAUGUUGACGAUGACUUACAUCCUCUGAAAAUGUUCAGUAGUUUGGAAACAGUUUGACGUUAAAUAUAAGUGAAGUGACAUCUGCUCACAAGUGUCAGUUGAGACGAAAACAAUCCGUCUGAGGUUAAUCUGAACACGUGGAUGAAUGUGGUCCAACCAGGUGUGAACGGAGCACGAGUGAGUGUUUGCAGAGUGAAGUGUCUGUGUGUCUGUCUGUUGUUUUGAUACCAGGCAGGAGACUCGUGUAGCGUCUCUCUGCUCGUAUCUGGUGGCUCUUUUCCACUACAGGAACUAUAAUGUGUGGAACAUCCCAGAACCUGAACCUGGAGGGACCUGCACACUCUGGGUUCUGUGUUCUCUCUGGUUUCCACUGUGUUUUACAAACCAGAGCGUUUCAGUUUGUUUGGUCAGCGAGUUGUGGGACAGACAGCAUAGACAACUGAUGAAGAUUUAAGCUAACCAUUAGAGCCAUAACCAUAGAAUGGAGCGUGAAGCUGACUCCAGGCCAGCUCCAGAGAGCCGCCUGAGUCCUUCAGAACAGUUGACUCCUGGUCCUGGUCUCUCUCUGCUCUGUAUUAAAACGCUGCUGUGACGUAUGUCCGGUCGCGUAAUAUUUCCGCCUUUGUUUUCAUUUUGCAUCAAACGACGAACGACUUCGAGCGUUUCUCAGCUCGGAGGUCAUUUUUGUUCAGCCAAUAGGAACGCUGCUCUGUGUGUGCAGAAGUCGUGUUGUGUUUCCUCGUGAUCAUCACUUCAUUGUUACACUACAGACUAACAAACCGCUCACACACACACUGUUUAUAGUUUGUGAUCAUUCUGAUCAAUAUUUAUUACCUGCUUCAGAGCUGUGACAUCACUUCCUUUUUUAGGGUGUUUUCGUUGAACAGGAAGUGAGUGAAGCUUCCGAAGUCGAGGAAGUGGACUAAACAUAUCGUGAUGUCUUGUUUAAUUAUGCGCUCCAUAAAUCAAGCUACAGUCUACAGGUGAGAUGCAGGAGAAGCAGCACAAACCAGCUGUUUGAUCUGUUCCGAGCGUCCUCGAACGCAUCACCUGAUCGCAAUCCCGACAGCGGGCGUCACGCGUUUGUUUCCUGUAGUGGAAAGGCUCUCUGAUUGGUGUGUGUGCACGCUGAACCCCACCCCUCCCGACCCCACCUGUCUCUCUCUCCCUUCAAACUCCUGAAGAAGAAAACUUGAAUUUUUUGAUCAAGUGCUACUUUUCCUUUCCAGCCUGUCGGAGACUGUACAGCCGCCAACGCUCUGCUGCUUUUACUUUGUUUUUUAUUCUUAUUCCACACGUGCUUAGACACACACACACACACACACGGCUGCAUAGAGGUUCAUGUACUGAUAGUGUUUAAGUUGUGUAUAUAGUGGUCGGGGGUGGGGGUUGGUAACGGACCUAUGAAAAUGAAGAUGUGGAGGAGGGAGAGCCCUGAUUGGAGCUGUGCAGAGACACUGUGUGAUUGGAGGCAGAGCUGUUUACCUUCUGUUUUUUUUUUUUUUUUUUUAUUUAACCUUUAUUUUCUGCAGGUUAGUCCAGGUGAGAUCAGGGAUCUCGUUUUCCAGCGGCGCAUGUGAGAAUCUGUCUGAGACGAGCAGCGGGUGACAAACUGAUCUGAAUGCUCCUCCUGGCUUUACUUGAUUAAUGAACAUUUUACAAAGCGUUUGUUCGGGUGACCUCGUGUCUGUUCUGUGUGUGUUUGUUCGGGUUUUCGGGGGGUUUUCUGCCCUUCUUCUCCUGUGAAUGAUGAACUGAGCGCCACCGUAUUCAAUAAUGCAACUGGUCGAUAUCAAAGGUACCACGUGUCACCGAACCCCCCUGAACCCCCCUGAACCCCCUCUGCUACAUCAGACUGGAGUUUGUACAGCUCGAUUCUUUGCUUUGACUUUUAGACGUGAUGUAAUUAAAGAGCUUUGAGAGUUUUUCUGUGAUCGGAUGAAGUUGUUGAAGAUUUUUAAGUGAAGCUGUUUCUGAUUGGAUGAUGACGUGUUAAAACUGGAAGUGGAAAAGUUUCUGACCAUUUUGAUUUUUAAGCUUUUAAAAUAUCCAGAUGUGUUGAGCUCCAAACCUCCAAUCAGAUCUUUUAUCUCCUGUUUAUCUCGACUCCUCUUAGCAACAGUGAUGUAAAAACACACUCAGGUAGUCAUUUAGAUGAAUAGUUAAUAAAUAAUUUAUCAGGCAAAACCGGAGUUUUAGUUCUUUGGCUGUUUGGUCUUUGACUUCGUCAACUCCAAGUUCUGUUAAAGCCAAAAUGGAUUGAAAUUCAGGUGAUGGUAGCCAAAUAGUGGCCCGUGGACCAAAUCAGGCCCUCCAACAAGAAUUUUUAGCCCUCUGUUGAUGACGUUUUGCUUUCGGCAUACUUCCAACCGCCCAGAUCACAUGAGCCUACAAGACAACAGGAAGUCAUACGAGCCAGAAGCAGAGCGCAGCGUUAAAAACAGCACAGAGAAGGUCCAGAAAUACAAAAACAGCUUCAGAUCAUCAAAAACAUCAGAAAUCACUGGUAGAAAACAUUUACUGCAGUGCUGGAGAGCUCAGAAUGAAUCAAAAAUAAAAAAAAUUAUAAUGAAGACGAGAUCUCGCUGCAGUGCUUCAGUGAUCCAGUCAGCCUCCCAGACCAGCUGUUUGUGUUCAGACUAUCAAACGUGACUCCAGUAUCUACGACCCUGAUUCCAGUCUGGACUUUGUAAAACCAAUAAAACCAGAAUCAAUCAUUUC